GUUAAAGAGUUUGAUCACUAAAAUGUGCCCGUAUUCCACCCAAAUGCUACUUUCUGUCCAAAUACUUAUAUUUUUAAAGGUUUAUUUCACCCAAAUAGUCAUUUCUAACAAACAAGUGUUCCUGAUGACAAUUUGCCUUUAUUUUUUCGACUGCACUGCUUCCUUAUCUUGCCUUAAGCACACACUUGACAUUUCAGUCACAUUUCGGCUGCAGACAUUGCUGCAACCUUCAUUAUUAAUUGAUUUACUAAGCAUGAGAGUUUACCAGUUUUAUAUCACGUGCUUCAGAAAUCUAGAGCUCGACUGUUAGCUUCACCUGCUCCAACAGCUUUGCAUGAUGUUUUCACCAUGACAACCCUGACAAUAGUCACACCCACAGAGUAUUUGUUCUGUUUUGCAAGCUGUAUGAUUGAUAAGUAAAUGAAGGCUAAUAUCCGUUGGCACACAUUUGGGCAUAAGUCAGCAUGACUCGACCUUCUCUUAUCAUCCUGGCACUGUUCAUGUUGGAUUGGCACUAAUAAUUUUAAAGCUGGUAGAAGCGAUGAAGCAAACAUCAUUGUGCAUCUCGAGCUAAAACUUAACACAACAUAAAAAACAAACCAGCAUUUAAAAUAAGCAUAAUGUAUACAUCCUGUAUAUAGGUAUUACUAUAUAUAUGUGUGUGUAUUAAACACGUUGUAUUGUGUAUACAUACAGUUCAUCCAACUCCAAAGCAUGCUAGCAGUGGACGGAACUUGUAAUAUUCCUUUCACAUUAUCUGUUUAUAUGCAAUUUUAUUACAAAUAUCAUGAAAUAAUAGCUAAAAGCAACUUAAUCUUGUUUUGUUCUCCUCUCCUAUGGAUGGACUUUUCUUGACCCUGUCACAAUAAAUCCAAAUGACUAUCUAUGACCAGUACAAACAACCUUUUCCUCAUAUCUUCGGAACUUCUCAGCUUAAUGAAGAGUAAAUAUGGAAGGGGAAGUGGAGCAACAUUGUACUAACGAACAUUUCAACAUGACCAAGUGUUGAAAUGUUGGACAAAGACAGGAAUUAAACACAUCCGAUUGAACUAAACAAGACAUUUUGUUAUUCCUAUGACAUAACUUAGGAUACUGUGAAGAUGGAAAACUACAGGAUGAUAAAGAUAUGUAGGUGGGAGUGUCGCUAAGAUCAAAACCAGAGGCCGAGAGUCCUAUAGGAGGAGGAGAAGAAGAUAAGAGGAAAUGCAGGAGGAGGUUUCUGUGACUCAUGUAGUGCAUAAAAGUGUCAGUGACUUUUCAGUUUUCAGUCCUCUGUGUAGACUUUGUGUUUGGGUGCAAACAUGUCGAGCAAAACGAUGAAAGCCGUCAGGGUCAGUGAGUUUGGGGCUCCAUCGGUCUUAAAAGUGGCGUCUGUGAGCAUCCCUCAGCCCGGAAUCGGAAAGGUGUUGAUUCGUGUUCACGCCUGUGGAGUAAAUCCUGUGGAAACUUACGUUAGGGCUGGGAAUUUCGAGAAACCCCCCCUGCCGUACACACCAGGCAGUGAUGCAGCAGGAGUGGUGGAGGCUGUUGGAAAGGAAGUCACUUCAGUGAAGAAAGGUGAUCGUGUUUACACCACAGCCACUGAGUCAGGAAGUUAUGCAGAAUACACAGUUGCUGCUGAGGACUGCGUUCACAAGCUGCCUGAUGCUGUAGACUUUGCUCAGGGAGCAGCCAUUGGGAUCCCAUAUUUCACCGCCUUCAGAGCUCUGGUUCACAAAGCUCGUGUCAAAGCCGGACAAACCAUCCUCAUCCAUGGAGCCAGUGGAGGGACGGGUAUGGCCACCUGCCAGCUUGCUCGUUCGAUGGGCCUCAAAGUUCUGGGAACAGCAGGUACUGAAGACGGAACGAAGAUGAUUACCAAGAAUGGAGCUCACCUGGCUUUCAAUCACCGAAAGAAAGGAUACACUGAUAAAAUCAUGGCAGCCACAGGCGGCAAAGGUGUAGAUGUGAUUGUGGAGAUGCUGGCAAAUUCCAACCUCAAUAAAGAUGUGGAGAUGGUGGCCAAAGGAGGACGUAUUGUGAUUAUUGGCUCCAGAGGUACCAUUGAGAUCGACCCUGUGAACAUCAUGGUGAAAGAGGUCUUAGUCAUGGGAGUGUUAAUUUUCCUCGCUACACUGGAGGAGACCAAAGAGUGUGAAGAGUACCUCUAUUCAGGGAUGGAGGCUGGUUGGCUGCGUCCACUCAUUGGUCCGAAGUAUAAGCUGGACAAAGCCGCCCAGGCCCACACAGACAUCAUCGAGUCCUCCGGUGCUACUGGAAAGAUGAUCCUGACCAUGUGAUGACAGCAACAUACCUCAGUUCAAAGUUCACAGAGUGGUUGUUUUUAAAAGGAAGAGUCUGAAGGAGCAACAAAACUGGUUCAUAAAGUUUUUAUCUGAAAUCACAUUUGAUUGUUACAGCAGUUGAGUUGAACUGCGUUUGUACACAAUCUUAAAGUUCAACUAUGGUGAUAAUUAUAUGUGCUAAUAUGAGAAUCAUUUCAAGAUACAAAUAAUAGUUUUAAGGAUGUUUUCCAUCCAAAAUACUGCUCUGUUCUGUAAUUCAACCUGGCUUCUAUGAGUUACAUGAUGAACAAGUUGUGUAAUUAGCAUAAUUAGCUCCUUAUCAGGUUAAAUAAUGAGGCUAUGGUUUUUGUAAUGAUGAGAUUUCAAGACCCAAACACAUUGGAAAACUUACCUGUUCAACUGAAAGGAAUACUUUUUAUUGUUAAUCAAA